AAACGGAAUCACCUGAGUCUCAACUCACAAGCUCCCAAUUACAAUCAGAAGUGAUAGAUAUUAAUGAAAAAAUGUGUAAACAUCCACCCGAAUCGCAACUCAAGCAUUCCCGAUCGCAACCAGAAUGUUGGGAACAACCACCCGAAUCGCAACUCAAGCAUUCUCGAUCGCAACCAGGAAUGUUGGGUGGUUGA